AUGAAGAAACGCUUCAUGCUACUCGCCACCUUUUUGGUGGCAUUAGCUACAUCUUCAAAGUCUCGGUGAGUUUUUUCUCAAAAAUUUAGAGAAAUUAUUAUUUCGAAUUUCAGCGAGUCGAAUGAUGAGAUCUUCAAAAAGAUCGAGAAUCUCUGCAAGGCUUACAAAACAACACCAAAGCCUGAGAUUUCGAUCAGCGUCUUCUGGAAGAUCAAAAGAGGUCGGAGUCUGAACAUCUAUGAUAUUGAUGCGAUUUGCAUGCCGAACAAUGAACCUCCCAAUCAGAUUGCGCGACUCAAUAACAUUCUGCAGGACCCCAAGAAAGAACUGGAGCUUCUGACUCGUUUUGCAAUCGAUGUUGCGAUUCGCUGGCCUGAAAAAUCUAAAGACGACUAUAUUCGUAAUUUCAAAGAAGAGCAUCCAAAUCUGAGAGAUCCAGCAAUUCGUAUGGUUCUUCAGCAUUACUUCGAGAAACAUCCAGAGAAGUUAGCCGAAGUUUUGGACAAUCAUUGA